CAAUUCCAACUAUCUAAGCACAUUAGCUCCUUUUCUCUCUAUCACCAAUGGCUGCUUCCACAAUGGCCCUCUCCUCCCCAACAUUCGCUGGCAAGGCAGUUCAGCUUGCCCCGGCCGAGACCUUCGGAAGUGGAAGAAUCUCCAUGAGGAAAACCGUGUCCAAGUCAGUUUCCUCCGGAAGCCCAUGGUACGGCCCAGACAGAGUCAAGUACUUGGGCCCAUUCUCUGGUGAGCCCCCGAGCUACCUCACUGGUGAGUUCCCCGGUGACUACGGUUGGGAUACUGCUGGGCUCUCAGCCGACCCUGAGACCUUCGCCAAGAACCGUGAGCUCGAAGUGAUCCACUCCAGGUGGGCCAUGCUCGGAGCCCUCGGGUGCGUCUUCCCCGAGCUCUUGGCCCGCAACGGUGUUAAGUUCGGCGAGGCCGUGUGGUUCAAGGCCGGAUCCCAGAUCUUCAGCGAGGGCGGGCUCGACUACUUGGGUAACCCUAGCUUGGUCCACGCACAAAGCAUCUUGGCCAUCUGGGCCACCCAAGUUGUCCUGAUGGGCGCCGUUGAGGGAUACAGAAUUGCUGGAGGCCCACUUGGAGAAGUCGAGGACCCACUUUACCCAGGAGGUAGCUUUGACCCAUUGGGCCUUGCAGAUGACCCAGAGGCUUUUGCUGAGCUCAAGGUGAAAGAGCUCAAGAAUGGUAGGUUGGCCAUGUUCUCUAUGUUCGGCUUCUUCGUUCAAGCCAUUGUUACCGGAAAGGGACCAAUAGAGAACCUUGCCGACCACCUUGCUGACCCAGUCAACAACAAUGCCUGGUCAUACGCCACCAACUUUGUUCCCGGAAAGUGAAUGAGGCUUUAAGAGACUUGUUAGUGUCCUCAUUUGAAGUUUGGGUGGGAUUUGAGUGUGGGAUCUGUUCAUGUUGUAGAUUGGUUUAUGAACCACCCUAGUGUUUCGAGAAUGUGAAUUAUUAUUAUAUGGAAAUCUAAAUGGAGUAAACUUCUUAUC